AUGAAGCCUUCUGCUAUUCUCUCCUUCGGAGCCAUCCUCCUCGGCGCCACCACCCCCGUCGAAGCAUCCCAAUGCAAGACCCCUCCCUGCGGCCGUUUCGAAAACAGCACACCAUGGACCGCCAAAUGGGCCGAUCUCGGAAUGAAAGACCACCUUUGUCAACUCAGUAGCGGCGGCAAGCCUGUCAAGUGCAAACAGUACUUCUUGGGAGCCAACUCCUCACGAGGUGGCUUCUUCCACAAGCCUCGCACUGACGUCGAUGCUUUCUGCUUUGCCGACCGAACAUACUACGUCAAGUUUGGACCGAGGGGGAGUGAGAAGGCUUACAAGAAGGGCGUUUGGAUCAAGAUCAACUCGGCUCAGACGGCGAAGUGUGUUGCUAGGAAUGAGGUACCGCAUUGUACUGUUAAUUGA